UCAGAGAUUCUGGUGGAGAUUGGAGAUGGCAAAGCUAUCAUUUCUUUCCUGUUGUAGAGCCCUCUUACAAUCCAAUAUUUUGUAUAGUCCAACUCAGAGUUGGGUUACUAGGAAGUUCAUCUUAGUUUCUAAGUCAGUAAAAGUCGGAAAUCGACAAUUUGGAAUUUUUGGUUCAUUUACAACCGAAAUCUCGAGAAAGGAACAGACUACUCAACUGGGAAAAACGCCACAUAACCAAAACAGCUUGGAAGCAGUUCGUCAGUCUUGGCUAGAUUUCUUACAGACUGUUACAACUGGUCCUCAGGGUGUGGGAUAUCUUCUUGGCGCAUCAGUGAGAGUCAGCUACUUCACAGUGAUGUCACUCUUAGGUUUGAAGAUUGUCGACAAUAUGAACCAACUGCGAAAGUCGAAGAAAAGAGGCAUCUCCCUUGAGUUAUGGAGGUUAAUAGUUGGUAUGCUGGGGGAAUGUUUGACUGCUUGUCGUCAAGACUACAGUAACAUUCGUUAUGGAUAUUACAAGUUGCCACCCUUGCCAACUAGGAGAUGGAACGAUAUAUUACCUGCAACUCUCGACUAUUUGUUGGAUGUGAGGAUGGUCCAAGCAAGACGCCGUGAAAAUCGAUAUAGAGAAAUUCCUCCACUGAUAAAUAGUGACUUCCCGGAGUACUAUAAAAGAAACUUUCAUUUUCAAACGGAUGGUUAUCUUUCGGAAUAUUCUGCCAAACUGUAUGAAUUUCAAGUGGAGGUCUUAUUCAAUGGAGUGGCAGAUGUUAUGAGAAGACAAGCAUUGGUCCCUUUGUUUAACUAUGUACAUAGUCACUCCAUUAAGCACAUGAAGUUAUUACAUGUCGCUUGUGGAACCGGAGGUAUUCUUUCAGAUUUGGCCGAAAACUAUCCACAGCUAAGAAUUGUAAACUUGGAUCUCAGUCCCUAUUAUUUAAGAGAAGCCAGACGCAGACAUGAAACCUAUUCUAAUACUUACAUACGUUUCGUUUCUGGUAGAGCAGAAGAGCUCGUCUUUAGAGACAAUUCCUUCGAUGUCCUGCUAAACAUUUAUUUGUUUCAUGAACUUCCGCCAAACGUUCGAGAACAAGUAGCGAAGGAGUUUUUUAGGGUUCUUAAACCGGGAGGAAUGCUUAUAUUUGUUGAUUCCAUUCAAGAAGGCGAUCGCAGUGAUUUGAAUCGACUCUUACAAAUGUUCCCUCAAAUAUAUCAUGAGCCAUAUUAUCCCAGUUAUGUGAAGACUGAUUUGAAGACUCUGUUUGAGUCAGCUGGUUUUCGAUCUGCAAAUAUUUACAUUUCGUGGCUUACCAAAGUAUGUGUAUUUUACAAGCCUUAGAAAGUAACAAGUUGUCUCGAGCUAUAAAAUUUAUUUAGUAAUUUGGUUUCAUGCAUAGCAUUUAAACUCAUUCUUUUAAUGUAUCGUGUUUGAUGAAGCAAAACUUCGAAACUCUUCCGAGUUGUGAGUUGAGACUGGCAACCUUUCGUACUUGGAAUGCUGUCGGCACGAUAAGCCUUUCAACUAGUCAUUAACCUGCCGCAACGACAACUUUCCCUUUUGGUUCAGCGACUUUAUUAUAGUGGACAUUGCGCGAUGCUCUACAAUAUGGAAUUUGUUGCAAGAGUUUGCUGAAAACACUUUUCGACUUGAGAAAUUAUAUUGUAUGCGAGUCCCUACCCUAGGAUUCAGACUUUCUUUGGGUUCAUUAGCGCAUCUUGGUUACUUAAGACUUAGAAUCGGUUACAAGGUACAUGAAUCAAUAUUUGAUAGACUCUGUUGCAAAAAUACUUUAGUUGACCUCUGAGACUCAGUGAACAGGCUCGGUCAGAACGAUUACGUAUCUCUUUUUGGUUUCUGGUUACAUGACUGUAGAAUAACUCCACGGGAUAUGGCUCGAAAAGCUAUGAAGCACCAAUUUCAUGCAGAAUACAUUGGAGAUAUAUUUUGAGUAUUUUAUGCUAUUUGUCUUUCAAUUAUGAAUUCUGAAGAAGGGCUGACUGUUGACGACAAAAUACUGAAUAUAAUAGUACUGCUAGUU